GCGCGGCGAUGCCGAUGCCGGGGGGCGGUGGGGCCGCGGCCGCCAGGCAGUCCCCGACCGGCGAGGCGGCGGCGCCGCGGGACGAGGAGCAGCAGGAGGAGGAGGGCGAGGAGGAUCUUCGCGACGGCGGCGUCCCCUUCUUCGUCAACCGCGGCGGGCUGCCCGUGGACGAGCCCACCUGGGAGCGGAUGUGGCGGCAUGUGGGCAGGAUCCAUCCCGAGGGGGACCGGGUGGCGCAGAGGAUCCGGGGCGCCGCCGACCUGCCCAAGAUUCCCAUACCAAGUGUGCCUGUGUUCCAGCCGUCCACCCCCAUCCCUGAGCGCCUGGAAGCUGUACAGCGCUACAUCAGGGAGCUUCAGUACAAUCACACUGGGACACAAUUCUUUGAGAUUAAGAAGAGCAGACCUCUGACUGGGCUGAUGGAUCUGGCCAAAGAAAUGACCAAAGAGGCCCUGCCAAUAAAAUGCCUGGAAGCUGUGAUCCUGGGAAUUUACCUCACCAACAACAUGACCACACUGGACCGUUUCCCCAUCAGCUUCAAAACUCACUUCUCAGGGAACUACUUCCGACACAUCGUGCUGGGGGUGAACUUUGGUGGCCGCUAUGGGGCACUGGGCAUCAGCCGACGUGAGGAACUCAUGUACAAAGCACCUGUCUUCCGCACACUAAGCGAACUCAUCUUUGACUUCGAAGAGGCGUAUCGCCGCUGCUGGCACACUCUGAAAAAGGUGAAGCUGGGCCACUGUGUGUCACAUGAUCCACACAGCGUGGAGCAGAUUGAGUGGAAGCGCUCCAUCCUGGAUCUAGACAAGCUAACYCGAGAAGAUUUUCGCAAAGAGCUUGAGAGACAUGCCCGUGAUAUGAGGCUGAAGAUUGGGAAAGGAACUGGACCACCGUCUCCCACCAAGGACAGAAAGAAAGAUGUCUCCUCCCCACAAAGAGGUCAGGCCAGCCCCCAUCGGCGAAACAGCCGUGGGGACCGACGGCCAUCUGGUGAGAAGAAGCCUGCUGAUUCCAAAGCCAUGCCAGACCUCAAUGGGUACCAGAUCCGGGUGUGAAGAGAGCUGUGCCUUGUGUGCCUGGCUCCAUGGACUUCAUGCUGGCCACAGCUGGGACCUGGAUCCACCUGCAGUGAUUCUGACAAAUGGGCCAGGGGAGUGGGAGCAUAAGAGAGUGCUGAUUUUCCCAGGUACUUACUAGUGGGCCAGUCCCAGAGCUGGAUCCCAUGGGUCCCAGAGGAUUCGCCUGCCUGUUUCUGGGAGAGGUGACCAUCUUAAGUCACUUAAGUAUUUUUUAAAAAAAAAAGAAAAAAAAAMCCAAAAAAAAUGUAUACAUURGUGGGAGUUUGCUUCAGGAAGAAUGUGAAGUGAGUGGGGUCAGUGGACUUGAUAUCUUUGCUUUGACAGCAAGUAGAUGAAGAAUCUUGUCAACAGUACUUCUUCCCUGUCUGCACAAAAGUCUUCAACCCCUGCAAGGCCUGCAGGGCUGAGGGAGAAGUGAUGCUGGAAUGGGAUGGCCUCCGAAUCUUGUACAAAAACUCCUGRUUUUGUCAUUAUGAAUACUUUGUUUAUCAUUGCUCUUGUGAGAGAUAGGUCUGAAUUUGCUCAGCCUGAUUUACUAACCAUACAAAGUCUUCUCAUCCAGAAAAAACAUAUCUUGUAUGUUUAGUCCUGCCUAUUUCAAAGCAUUUCAUUGUCUCUGAGGGGGUAGACAGUGGGAAGAUUGCCCACCACUGCAAUGCUGGUGAAUUGUUGCUGAAGGUUCUUUGGUGGUUGUGUGGGUCAGGAUAUGCCUAUACAAUCGCUAUAUGAAAACAGGCACAGAGACCUCAAUUGUUCCAGCAGUGGAGAUGGGGCAAGUGGGGGCUGGUGGGAAACCUGAACUUCUCAUCAUCUCUACAUCAGCCUUCUCUCUAUUAAAUUCUAGUGAUUGCUAUUCAGAAAGGUUGUGGAAGUCACUUCAGUCACUGGGGUACGAGUUUUAAGAGUAAAUAGUUAAAGAAGAAUAUAAUAAUGGGAACACUUUGCUUUCCACAAGCGUCUUGCUCCUUCCUCCCUGUAGUGUUAGUGCUAGAGUUACAUACACCUGUUUGUGAGCUGCCCUGCUUGAGGAAAUUGCAGCUGCUUUCCGGUCAGCUCAGCCUGGAGCCUCCUGAAAGCAGCUCCCCACCACAGUGCCAGAGCUGUGCUUGUUCUGGCUCUUUGGGUAGUUGCAUUAUGUUACAGCAUCACUAACCUUCCCYAAAGUACUGGGCUGGGCCUUUCUGCCACUUUUGGCCUUUUCCUACUCACUUCUGGGGGAGUGUUUUACUACUGAUUAAGGAGUGUAAUGCUUGUCAGAAAUCUGGAGUGUUGUCAGACCUCUGUUUGAGGCCUAAGACAUGGGAACGGUGAAGUUUCCAGAAGACAGAACAGCAUGGUCUUGAAGUGAUUUAGAUGCAUGGAUCUAAGGGAUGCAAAACCAGAGCUUGGGAGUGGGAGUAUACUUGGGAGAAACAGUCUUGUUUUAUCACAGCACUGACAAGGAGCUAAACUUUCUGAAAUACCACAUAUUUAACUUUGUUAGAACUAGGCUUAUUCUUUCUUUUCUUUCUUUGUUAGAAACAUGAUGGAGCUCUACUGUUUUUUGGGGUUUUUUUUAUGCAGUAUUCCCGUGCCAUAUCCUCAUAAUAAGCAGAGCUAUUUUGGUGGCAGAGAAUGGGUUCUUAACCCCAAACAAAUCAGCUCUUCUGUCUAGUUAAAGCAGUUAAUCCUUGAAGCACCACCCACAAGCGAUUUAACUCAGGCCUUACAGUUUCCUAAUUGUACAUCCUUAACUGUGAUGUAACUUGCAAGGCGUAUCCAUCCCACUGCAGUCCAUCCUUCCAAUCUACCUUUGCAGUCUGUACUUUUCUGCUAUGCUGUACAACCAGGAGGAAAAUCUGUAAGAAGGUKGCAGAACUUGCUGCUGAGCCAAGAGGUUAAUCCAGAAGAGGAUACUGUUUCCACAGUGCARUGCAACACCUAUCCACUYUCUUACAUUCCAGCUAUAUACAACAAUUGAAAUUACCAGCAGUAGCAAGCCAAGCAUCUAUUUGAACAUGUCCUUUGGUCAUUUUUAUGGGCUGUAAAUUAACAUAUUUAGUUUCUGGAUGAUGAUGUUAGCUGUAAAGGUACCACAGUUACCUGUAAAUAAUAUGGGCCACUUGGAAGCUACAAACUGCCUCUGCAUAAUGUUUGGUAUGCAGCAGACUGAAAGUUCAGAUGCCACUGUGAAUCAUGUGAUAAAUACAAGCAGCAGUGAGCAAGGAAAAACUGAAUGUCAGGUUUUAUUAAAGUGGAUGAAAUCCAGAAUUUUUUUAAAAAUUUUUAAAGAUUACUAGAAUGCAUCCUCACCAUGACUUUGGUUAGUUGAUUGGUUGGUUAAUCCACAGUAACUGAAAAGCUCUCAAGAGUAAUUAGCAGCCUAAUACAGAGAACAUUCAAUAGCUGGAUAGACUUGAGCUUUUUUAAUGGAAAGGAAGGGAAAUGUGGGGGUGGGAGGAAGACUUUAAAACAGAUGGGACAAGUGUGGGGUCAGCUGUAAGUUAAUGAUGCUUUCUUGAGAGCAGGGUAAUGGGUGUUCUGCAGUGUUAGAUCACCAGGGCAGAAUGCCUUAAAACAAAAUGCUUUGUUUGACUCUGUAAUUAAGUGCUUUCCUGCAGGACAUAACUAAGGCCAAUAGCUUAGAAAACCAAAGGAAGUGGAUGUUUAAGAUAUGAAUGACAGGUAGAUUUCAAGGUCUCUUAAUCCUCAGCUGCAGCUAGACAAGACCAUCCUCUUUCAAGAUUUGGUUUCAUAAUUAUAUAUGUUAGCAGGUAUUUAAUUCUUGGCAUGUAUCUAACAUUGAUAAAUUUCUCAAGAUGGACACAGAAGCAGGCAAGUGCCCCCUGGUAGGGUUAUUAUUUCAAGUCUUCUGCUGUGUUUCUGUUUCACAGAAUUCCUGCUCCUUAUUGUUUCUGUAUCUCCAGUUUAGCAGAUGGUGCAAGAAACUGGAAAAGGACCAUGCAUUGCUCCCCUUCUUGCUCUGGCUCCCCCCACCUUUGUAACAGGAUGAAUCACUUCAAUACAAAGCUUUGCUUCCUUCCCAACAAACAAGACCACAUCCUUCCAUGACAGAGGAUUAAUGGAAUCCAGUUUCAUGCUGUAAGAAAUCAGAGGGUACAGUGCAAGACAAACUUCAGCACUUCGACUUCUUUCCUCCUCCAUCUACAUGCUCUGGUUUCUAGUCUGUCUGCCUUUAACCAUAAGGAAAAAAAGACCGGUGAUGAGUCUUUUUCACUUCUGUAGACUUUAGAGCUACAGAGAAGGAAUGACAAUGUAACUCAUACUGCUUAGUGCCUGCCAAACAAGAAAGAUGGAUCUUGAGGAGUCCUAUUAAUUUUUUAAUAUUAAAUAUUAAUAGGGUUGCUCAUGUAGCUCUGUGAUGUAAAUGUCACUGUUCAGUAGGUCUCACCUGAUAYCUGUUCUGCAGUACAAGUCUUGGGAACUCUAUGGAAGGGAACCGAGUUUGUAUACUAGGAAUGGAUAGACACUGCCUGCAUUGUAUGUAAAGUUGAGGUGAGCUUUGAAAGACUUUAACAAAUGCUGACCUAUUACUGCAAAAACUAUUUUAAAUGUAAUGCAAACCUUGAAAUAAGAGUCCCUCUUUAUCCUUUUAUGUAGAUAAGUCCCUUGAUACCUGGCCAACUGCAUUUUUUUUUAAUGGGAAGAUUCAUUAGUGAGCAAAACUUUCUGAUACAAACUUUGUACAUUAAAGAGCAGGGUUGGGUGUCCAUCAGUCUGUGACACAUUACUCUUUUUUUUAAACUAGUUGAAGCUAAAGGUGUCUUUAGGAACUUAAGGUAUGUUAGCAAGUGUUUUAGGUGGCAGUGGAGUGCUUUUUUUUCAAUUACUAUUUUACCUUGUGUGCGCCAGGCUAUGGGUCAGUACAUAGUAUCCUUGGAUCUAUCAGAAUAAAUUACUCCACAACUGAGGUCGAAACCUAGUUUCUGUUCACAUAGUAGCUGUAUUGCUGUUGUCAARUAUGUUUAAUAUGAUGAAUUUUAAGUAUUUCAGGUGAAAGCCUUAAUCAGGUGCCUACCCCCAAAGGUAGGCUCAUGUGUGGUGGUGUAUAGACUGAAACAUGACUGUCCUUAAAAUUUCAGCAUUUAAGAAAUCCUAACAAACAGAAGAAAGCUCCUGUCUGCCAAAGGGCAAGAGUCUGGAUUUGGAUUACAUUGGCUUGACCUUGCUUCCAGUGGCUUGCUUCCACUGGCCACCUUCCAGUGGCUCUGGCUAAUCACUUCAGGUGAUUGCUUUAGCUACCUGCUAUUUCAAGUGAUCAGACAGUAGACAUAGGCAGGGGGUGUCCCAGGUAGUACUGUGUGUGGCUGAAAUAACACCACAUAUUCCAGUGGCCUUCACUGUUGUCCUGACAACAUUUAGACCUGCAUUAUGGAUUUAAAAUUUUACUUAAGCAAGUGCUAUUUUGGCUUGAUGUUUGCUCUCCCAGAGCAAAGUGAGAUUGUCCUCUACAGCCAAGUUGAACUCCUUAGGGAAUUUCAUAUUUUUGUCUGUCUUCUGAGCAGGUAUUUACUUGUAUCACAACCACUCUCCUUCAGUGGUGCCCUGGCCCUUUCUGCUCAAGAGCAACUCAGUUUAGGCCCAGAAGGCUGCUGAAUUCCCUAUGAUCUCUGCAGAGCAGAGUUUCCCUCCAGGUCAGGGCUGAGAUGGUGCUAGCAGGACCAGAGUGGUCCCCUUCCAUGCACAUCAGUAUUCUACUCCAGAAACGAUAGGGGUGCUCCAAAACCAUUYACAUCCUUAUCACUGGUACAGCUCAGAACUAAGAAAUUGAAAGUUUCUUUCUUGAAGAACAGUAUCAUGUGUGUCUUUUUGUAAUUAAUCAGUGUGGGUCUGUGUUCUUAUGUAGCCAACACAGAAUUUUUUUUUUAGAUUUAGUUCUUGCUGCACUUCCCAUGGCCCUCAUGUUGAUAUUUCUUCCUGCUUCCUUUGACACUUAGACAAUAAAAUUCCCUCUGUACUGCUCUCAGCCUGUGCAGAGAAAACAA